UGGCUGGGUUUUAUAAUCCGCAGGGCGGUCGCGACGCGGGAGAAGGGGCAGCGCCGCUCCGCGCAUCGCGCCAUGCGUGCCGCCUCGGGCCAAGUCUGGCCGCGGCCGCAGCAGUUGCCGUCACUGCUGUCGCUGCUGUUGCUGCUGCUGCGGCCGCCGCCGCCCACCCUGGCGCUGGACCCCGAGCUGCAGCCCGGCAACUUUUCCGCCGACGAGGCCGGUGCGCAGCUCUUUGCGAAGAGCUACAACUCGAGCGCCGAGCAGGUGCAGUUCCAGUGGAUCGCGGCCAGCUGGGCGCACAACACCAACAUCACCGAGGAGAAUGCGCGGCGCCAGGAAGAAGCAACCCUGCUCAGCCAGGAGUUCGCAGAGGCCUGGGGCCGGAAGGCCAAGGAGCUGUAUGCGCCCAUCUGGAAGAACUUCAGUGACCCAGUGCUGCGCAGGAUCAUCAGAGCUGUGCUCACCCUGGGCCCUGCCCACCUGCCACGGACCAAGAGGCAGCAGUACAACUCUCUGCUCAGCCACAUGAGCAGGAUCUACACCACGGGCAAGGUCUGCUUCCCCAACAAGACUGCCACCUGCUGGUCCCUACAACCAGAGAUCAUCGACAUCCUGGGUUCCUCACGAAACUAUGCCAUGCUGCUGUUUGCCUGGGAGGGCUGGCAUGACGCCGUGGGCAUCCCGCUGAAACCCCUGUACCAGGAAUUCACUGCCCUCAGCAACGAGGCCUACAGGCAGGAUGACUUCUCAGACACAGGGGCCUACUGGCGCUCCGCAUACGACUCUCCUGCCUUUGAGCAGAACCUGGAGCACCUCUACCACCGAUUAGAGCCCCUCUACCUGAACCUCCAUGCCUACGUCCGCCGUGCACUGCACCGCCGCUAUGGAGACAGAUACAUCAACCUCAGAGGGCCCAUCCCUGCUCAUCUGCUGGGAAACAUGUGGGCCCAGAACUGGGAGAACAUCUACGACAUGGUGGUACCUUUUCCAGACAAGCCCAACCUUGAUGUCACCAGUACUAUGGUGCAAAAGGGCUGGAAUGCGACGCACAUGUUCCGGGUGGCGGAGGAGUUCUUCACCUCCCUGGGGCUCUCGCCCAUGCCUCCUGAGUUCUGGGCAGAGUCGAUGCUAGAGAAGCCCUCCGACGGGCGCCAGGUGGUAUGCCACGCCUCAGCCUGGGACUUCUACAACCGGAAGGACUUCAGGAUCAAGCAGUGCACACAGGUCACGAUGGACCACCUAUUCACAGUGCACCAUGAGAUGGGCCACGUGCAGUAUUACCUGCAGUACAAGGACCUGCCCAUCGCCCUGCGCACAGGUGCCAACCCUGGCUUCCACGAGGCCAUUGGGGAUGUGCUGGCGCUCUCCGUCUCUACUCCUGCCCAUCUGUACAAAAUUGGCCUCCUGGACCAUGCCACCAAUGACACAGAAAUGACCAUCAAUUACUUGCUAAAGAUGGCACUGGAAAAAAUUGCCUUCCUGCCCUUUGGCUACUUGGUGGACCAAUGGCGCUGGGGGGUCUUCAGUGGGCAUACCCCCCCUUCUCGCUACAACUUUGACUGGUGGUACCUUCGAACCAGGUAUCAGGGGAUCUGUCCUCCAGUUGUUCGAAAUGAAACCCACUUUGAUGCUGGAGCUAAGUUUCAUAUUCCAAAUGCGAUACCAUACAUCAGGUACUUUGUGAGCUAUAUCCUGCAGUUCCAGUUCCAUCAAGCCCUGUGCAAGGAGGCAGGCCACCAGGGCCCGCUGCACCAAUGUGACAUCUACCAGUCCACCCAGGCGGGGGCCAAGCUCCGGGAGGUGCUGCAGGCAGGCUCCUCCAGGCCUUGGCAGGACGUGCUGAAGGACCUGGUGGGCUCAGAUGCCCUGGAUGCCCAACCGCUGCUCGACUACUUCCAGCCAGUCUUCCAGUGGCUGCAGGAGCAGAACCAGAGGAAUGGCGAGGUCCUGGGCUGGCCAGAAUAUCAGUGGCGCCCACCACUGCCCGACAACUACCCAGAGGGCAUCGACCUGGUGUCAGAUGAGGCCGAGGCUAACAAGUUCGUGGAGGAGUAUGACCAGACCUUCCAGGUGGUGUGGAACGAAUAUGCCCAAGCCAAUUGGAACUACAACACCAACAUCACCACAGAGAACAGCAAAGUGUUGAUGGAGAAGAACCUGCAGAUAGCCAACCACACUCUGAAGUAUGGCAACUGGGCCAAGAAGUUUGAUGUGAACAACUUCCAGAAUGCCAGCACCAAGCGGAUCAUAAAGAAGGUUCAGAACCUGGACCAGGCAGCACUGUCCAGCAAGGAACUGGAGGAGUACAACAAGAUCCUGCUGGACAUGGAAACCAUUUACAGUGUGGCCACUGUGUGCCACACCAAUGGCACUUGCCUGCAGCUGGAGCCUGAACUGACAAACUUGAUGGCCACAUCCCGGAAUUAUGAAGAACUGCUGUGGGCCUGGAAGAGCUGGCGGGACAAGGUGGGGAGAACCAUCCUCCCUCUCUUCCCGAAGUAUGUGCAACUCACCAACAAGGCUGCGGAGCUCAACGGCUACCUGGAUGCAGGGGACUCGUGGAGAGCUACGUAUGAGACGCCAUCACUGGAGCAAGACCUGGAGCGACUCUACCAGGAGCUGCAGCCGCUCUACCUGAACCUGCACGCCUACGUGCGCCGCGCCCUGCACCGCCACUACGGGUCCGAGCACAUCAACCUGGAGGGCCCCAUUCCUGCCCACCUGCUGGGGAACAUGUGGGCUCAGACCUGGUCCAACAUCUACGACUUGGUGGUUCCCUUCCCAUCAGCCCCUAAGAUGGAUGCCACAGAGGCCAUGGUAGAGCAGGGCUGGACACCUAAAAGGAUGUUUAAGGAGGCUGACAAUUUCUUCACCUCCCUGGGGCUGCUGCCUGUGCCCCCCGAGUUCUGGAACAAGUCAAUGCUGGAGAAACCAACAGACGGGCGGGAGGUAGUGUGCCAUGCCUCGGCCUGGGACUUCUACGAUGGCAAGGACUUCAGGAUCAAACAGUGUACCACUGUGAACAUGGAGGAGCUGGUAGUGGCCCACCACGAAAUGGGCCACAUCCAAUAUUUCAUGCAGUACAAGGACUUGCCUGUGGCCUUUCGGGAGGGUGCCAACCCCGGCUUUCAUGAGGCCAUUGGGGACGUGCUGGCCCUCUCAGUGUCUACCCCCAGGCACCUACACACCAUCAACCUGCUGAGUAGCGAGGGCGGCAGUUACGAGCAUGACAUCAACUUUCUGAUGAAGAUGGCCCUGGACAAGAUUGCUUUUAUCCCCUUCAGCUACCUCAUCGACCAGUGGCGCUGGAGGGUAUUUGAUGGAAGCAUCACCAAGGAAAACUACAACCAGGAGUGGUGGAGCCUCAGGCUGAAGUACCAGGGGCUCUGCCCCCCAGUGCCCAGGUCCCAAGGUGACUUCGACCCAGGGGCCAAGUUCCACGUUCCUUCCAGUGUGCCUUAUAUCAGGUACUUCGUCAGCUUCAUCAUCCAGUUCCAGUUCCACGAGGCACUGUGUCAGGCGGCUGGCCACCAGGGCCCCCUGCACAAGUGUGACAUCUACAAGUCCAAGGAGGCAGGGAAGCAACUGGCGGACACCAUGAAGCUGGGUUUCAGUAAGCCAUGGCCAGAAGCCAUGAAGCUGAUCACAGGCCAGCCCAAUAUGUCGGCCUCAGCCAUGAUGAGCUACUUCAAGCCACUGAUGGACUGGCUCCUCACGGAGAACGGGCGGCAUGGGGAGAAGCUGGGCUGGCCGCAGUACAACUGGACACCAAACUCCGCUCGCUCAGAAGGCUUCCUCUCAGACACCGGCCACGUCAACUUCCUGGGCAUGAACCUGGAGCCACAGCAGGCUCGUGUGGGCCAGUGGGUGCUGCUCUUCUUGGGUGUCGCCCUGCUGGUGGCCACCGUGGGUCUCACCCAGCGGCUCUUCAGCAUCCGCCACCACAGUCUCCACCGGCCCCACCGCGGGCCCCAGUUUGGCUCUGAGGUGGAGCUCAGGCACUCCUGAGAUGACCAGGCAGGGCUGAGCCAGCGGGAAGUGUCUCAGGAGAGACUGGGACAGGGACAUGGCGGGUGGGUUGAGGACACACCCCAGCCUGCCUUCUCCCCGCACCCCGUCUGCCUCCUCUCUGUCCUCCAGACCACCAGCCACCCUAGCACGGCCCCCGUUCUCCAGGCAUCCAGCCAUCUAACGUGGACCUGCUCCCCAGUCUUUCUGUGAAUUCAAUUAAAGGUCCUGCCCUCCC